UGGUGAAGUGGUGCCCAGUCUACAAGCGCAGUGGCGAGUGGAGUGUUUGUGGUGUACAUUUGUUGGUCGUCGGCUGUAGCUUCUUUUUAAAGGCUCUUUUAUUUAACGUUUUUCUUCAGAAUGGCUUUGGUAAACCGGGGAAUUCAUAUCAGGAAUGCCGAAAACGCGGUCCCAGUGGGUAAAACUGCAGCUGGGACGAAACGGCCAGUCCUAGGCGAGAUCUCCAACUUCUCUACCAGGGGAGGCCCAGUCAAGAAAAAUGACACCCUGAAGUCCCAUGUGGUCAAGCAGUCAAAGCCAGUGAAGCCUAAGCAGCAGGAUGAAGUGACUGUGCAGCCCAAACCAGGUCCAGUGGUGCCUGAAGUCCCAGUUGUUCCUUCUUGCAUGGACGUCUCGAUGAAAGAGGAAGAGCUGUGCCAGGCUUUUUCUGAGGCUAUGUUGGAUAUAGAAGACAUUGAUGCCUUGGAUGGUGAACAUCCCCAGCUGUGUUCUGAAUACGUGAAGGACAUCUAUGUGUACUUAAAGCAAAUUGAGCUCCAGCAGGCUAUCCGCCCCAGGUAUCUUGAGGGCUGUGAGAUUAAUGAAAGAAUGCGGGCCCUCUUGGUUGACUGGCUCAUUCAGGUGCACUGCAGGUUUCACCUGCUGCAGGAGACUCUGUACAUGACUGUUGCUAUUCUUGACCGAUUUCUCCAAGUACAACCUGUCUCCAGGAAAAAGCUUCAGCUGGUUGGCGUUACUGCUAUGUUAAUUGCUGCCAAGUAUGAAGAAAUGUACGCCCCAGAGAUUGGGGACUUUGUCUACAUCACGGAUAAUGCUUUUUCUAAAGCACAGAUCCGGCAAAUGGAAAUGCUGAUCCUGAAAGAGCUGAAUUUUGAACUGGGUCGUCCUCUGCCCCUUCACUUCCUAAGGAGGGCAUCAAAGGCUGGCAAUGCUGAUGCAGAGAAACACACUCUUGCCAAGUACUUCAUGGAGCUGACCCUGAUGGAUUAUGACAUGGUGCAUUACCACCCUUCUGAAGUGGCAGCUGCUGCACUCUUCCUCUCCCAGACUGUGCUGGAUGGUAGUAGUUGGACCACAACGCAGCGCCAUUAUGCUGGUUAUUCCGAAGAGAAUCUCAAGACCAUUAUGCAGCACCUUGCCAAGAAUGUGGUGAGGCUUAACAAUGGGCUUACCAAGCACACUGUAAGUUCUGUCCUAUCCUUGUCACAAACUAGGAUUCUAAUGUACUUUCCACUUCAUGCUAUUGUUACCGUAGACCUAAACUAAGUACAUUGUGGGCUUGAUACCCGAGGAUCUGAACUCCUCCCUGAGCUGGGUUUCUUCUUUCCUGUACAGGCGAUCAAGAACAAAUAUGCCAGCAGCAAGCUGCUAAGGAUAAGCACCAUUCCACAGCUCCGGUCCUCCACCAUCCAGGACAUGGCUGCACCCCUGUUGGAGAAUUCUUAAUACUACUUGUCUUAUGGACUUCUGAACUUGUUGCACUUUUUUUAAACUCCAACCUGUGGAAGAUUUGUGCUGCUUCAAUCUUUAACUUUUUUUUUUUCCCUACAGGAUUUUUAAAUUUUAUAAGUCGAUUUGACUCCCUGCUGUUCCCACCUACCAUUUUAGCUUAGGAAAUUUUAAUCUAGUCUCCUUGAGAUGGUUUAUUUAAUACUUUUAUUUAAGCCUUGAAUUGGUGUCCUGAUGCUUUGAGUGUGGCCUGUGCCUCCUCUUUUCUUUGUCUCCAUGAAACAACUUCAGAACCUUAAGGUUAAGCUACAGUGAGGGGAGGAAAAUUGGUUAGUCUUGCUCAUCUGGUAGCUUCUUUUUUUUUGGGGGGGGGGAGGAGGGAGGUUAACAUUGAGACUAGACUGGUCAGUUUUUCAACAGCCUGCUACUUUCCCUCUAGUGGAGCUAGGACUUGAUUUCAAUUUUGUAAACUUGUAUUUUUAAUAAAGUGUUAAUAUAAAUGUCAA